GUUGUUUACAAAAAGGCUAUGAAUCGAGAUAUCAAACGUCAAUACACCAAUAAACUGUUGGAAGAUUUGGACAUUGUUUUCGGACAUAUUCUUUCCAAUCGUAAAGAUUUACUGUCAGCAACCAAUUCAUUACUUGAUUCAUAUGAAACUCUUUUGUCAGGCGAUUAUCCAGUAUCUUUCGGUAAUUCCGAUGGUAAACAAUCAGUUUUGCUAAAAUCGAUUAUCGAACUUCGUAAUGAAUUGAAUAAUUUUCAGCCAGAAACAAAUGGUUACCGAGAUAGUUUGAUAGGAAUUCGUACCAAGAUAUCAAAUUUAGCCUCAGAAAUCGAUAAUAUGAUAACGAAUGAACAAUCAAGACAAUCCGAAUUCGAUGAUCAAUUGUUGUCUGAUUCAAUCCCAACUACGUCAAGUUUGAAGGUCAAUCGAAAGGAUUUUGAACCAUCUUUGUCUGUUUCACCUGUAGCAUUCGUUUCUGAUGAUUGUCAUAAACCCAACUCUUCUGAAUCAGCUACCAAUAUUGGCCAGAAUGUUAUGACAAAACUCCAUCAUUUCGAAUUGUUCCAGAAUAAGUUACAAUUCUCAAAAUGUUACCUAUGUAAUAAUACCAUAUUACCUCUCAAAACUUAUCAAAAAUGUACUAAAUGUGAUUUUAUACUUGAUCAAAAUUGUCAUCAAAAGAUAAAAGUUGAAUGGUCAAUACUUGCUUGUAAACCGAUAUUGAAAAAAAAAUUUGCAUUAAAUUCAAAUGCAAUUGUUUUGUUGAAAAAAUGUUUUUGUCAAAUUGAGCAACGAGGCAUAGAACAUCGAUAUCUAUAUACAACUAAUAAUAAUGAUCAAGAAGCAUGUAAAUUGUUGGACAAAUAUCUUGGUCCAAGCAAUUCAGCCAUUGCCAUAAGUAAACUUAACAUAAACACUAUCUGUGCCAUGGUCAUUAAUAUGUUGAAACGUCUUGAUGAUUCGCUCAUACCAAGUCAUCAAUGGAAUGAUUUUGCCAAACUUUCCGUGUUGUGCAACCUGACCAUCAUGAUGAACUGUGAUUUAAAUACAUCACCAUCACCGGAAUUGGUUGAGAGAAUAGCUGCUCGUCGUCGUAUGAUUUCUACAAAAGGUAAAACUGCCCGUGGUGUAUCGUAUAAUGUUGAUCCAGAAACUCCACCACCGUGGUUUGAAAAAUCCUCAUUCGAACAUGCACAAAAAUUGUUCAAAACAUAUCGAGUGAUAAUUUCCAUCAGUCAAUUGAUUGGUUUAAAUUUGGUGUUGAAUUUCACACACGGGCUGGUACCGUUAUUGGUGACUGGUAAUUCCAAAACCAUAUCCAAACUAUUCGUUCGUUACUUAUCAACAACGAUACAUGUGACAAAUUGGUUUGAACAUGAUCCAUUCGACAAGAAAAGCAAAGCUUAUCGAUCUCUUCGAAUGGUUCGUGGAAUGCAUCAAAAUGUUUCCAAUAGGAUGAACACUGAGGCUGGAUUACAGGAAGAUGGUGAAACUGUACUAUGGAUACCACAGUAUGGAAUGUGUCAUGCUCAAUUCUCGUUCGUCGGCAUGAUGACCGUAUUCCCUAAACAGUUUGGCUUCCAUAAUUUCAGCGAAAAAGACUUUCACGCCAUGUUCCACUUUUGGCGUGUCAUCGGAUAUUGUCUUGGUACCGAUGACCUAUACAACUUAUGUUCGGGCAGUGAUGAAGAAACAUUUGAAUUGUGCCGUCAAAUCUAUUUUCAUGAAUGGUUACCGGUAAUUCGUUCGGCAAGUGAAAAGACUGGUGUCGAAAUGAGUAAAGGAAUCAACAUUGCAAUGGCCCGUAUCAAUCCAAAUCUCAGCUAUAACGCCUUGAUGCGUCAUUGCUCACUAUUUCUCGAGUUGAAUCCAUUUGAUUAUCAAUUACAAAGUCGUCGCGAGCGAUGUCUCUACCGAAUCUAUGGUUUCCUUUUCAAUCGGGCUUGUAAAUCUCAAAUGAUUAACCGGUUAAUGGCACGUGCUGCUGAUAUUCGUUUGAAACGAGCAAUCGCUAAUCGAAAAUUUCACGAACAAAACCUCAAAGAAUGCUAUCCUAAUAUAACUUACGAAAAUGAUCGAUGUCCAUUUGAUGUUAAUUUUAAUUAUACAACUGCCAUUGAGGCUUAUCAUGGUAAUAAAUGAUGUGCAAUAAUAUGACGCAAUAUAUUCGGUUUUUUAAAUAUAAAUGAAACAAUGACAAAAACCAUGACCUCUCUCGAUAACAAUAAAAUUAUCUAGUAAACGAAAUGAGUGAGUUGACUUGAAUGAAUUAAGUUCAAUGUUGUUGAUGUCUGUUGAAUUGUUUGCAGGCUCAGGGAAUAUAUCUAAGGAGAGAUAGCCAAGUAACCUCGAUUUAGAUGAGCUAAAUGAGCCGUCCAUGUUAGUGGACGAUAUAAUCUCAAUCUUUUCAAGCAUGACAUGCAUCCAGAGAAAAAGGGCCAUAUAUAUAGUUCCUGGAACUUUUGCUUUGGAACAAGAAAAGGAAAAAAUUGUCUCCAAUUACGAUGAUCUCAAAGAGAUGAUGGCCGAUGGCCCCACAUGUUCAACUUAUUGAUGACGACAAUUGUCCUAUUUAGGUAGGUGGGCAUUUCCAUAUUUUCAAAAGCAUGUACACGAUU